UUCAGCAGGGAAAAGCUCCGAUGAUGUGAUUGGCUGCAGCGCUCGGUUCAUGUUCUGGACUGUUCUCUGGAAGUGUUAAAAACGCAUCACUGCUCACUUCUGCUGCCAGAGACAGAGCUCGUGCGCGCACUUCUCGAGCUGCGACACCACAGGUGAUUCACAGACUCGGCGGUACUUCUGAAACCAUGUCAAAGGGACCAGCAGUUGGCAUUGAUCUAGGGACCACCUACUCCUGUGUGGGCGUCUUUCAGCAUGGCAAAGUUGAAAUCAUUGCCAAUGACCAGGGUAACAGGACCACACCGAGUUAUGUAGCAUUCACAGACACAGAGAGACUGAUUGGAGAUGCUGCCAAAAACCAAGUAGCGCUGAACCCCACAAAUACAGUCUUUGAUGCUAAAAGGCUGAUUGGACGGAGGUUUGAUGACCCUGUUGUGCAGGCAGACAUGAAGCAUUGGCCAUUCACUGUUAUAAAUGACAACUUGCGCCCCAAAGUUCAAGUUGAAUACAAAGGGGAGACGAAGACAUUUUACCCAGAAGAAGUUUCUUCCAUGGUGCUCACAAAGAUGAAGGAAAUUGCAGAGGCCUACCUCGGAAAAGCCAUCACGAAUGCUGUUAUUACUGUACCGGCUUACUUCAAUGACUCUCAGCGCCAGGCCACAAAGGAUGCUGGAACUAUCUCUGGCCUCAACGUUCUGCGUAUUAUCAAUGAGCCGACUGCUGCUGCCAUUGCCUAUGGCCUGGACAAGAAAGUUGGAUCUGAGAGAAAUGUCCUGAUCUUUGAUCUCGGUGGCGGCACUUUCGAUGUGUCCAUCCUUACCAUUGAGGAUGGCAUCUUUGAGGUCAAGUCUACAGCUGGAGACACUCACCUCGGCGGAGAAGACUUUGAUAAUCGGAUGGUCACCCAUUUUAUCUCUGAAUUCAAGCGCAAGUACAAAAAAGACAUCAGCGACAACAAGAGGGCUGUCCGGCGGCUGCGCACAGCAUGCGAGAGGGCCAAACGCACUUUGUCCUCCAGCACUCAGGCCAGUAUUGAGAUCGACUCUCUCUAUGAGGGAAUCGACUUCUAUACGUCCAUCACCAGGGCUCGUUUUGAGGAGCUUAAUGCUGAUCUCUUUCGUGGCACUCUGGAUCCAGUUGAGAAAUCACUUCGCGAUGCUAAACUGGACAAGUCUCAGGUUCAUGACAUUGUCCUUGUUGGAGGGUCCACCCGUAUCCCAAAGAUCCAGAAGCUCCUGCAGGACUUCUUCAAUGGGAAGGAACUGAACAAGAGCAUCAAUCCUGAUGAGGCGGUUGCGUAUGGAGCAGCUGUCCAGGCAGCCAUUCUGUCUGGAGAUAAGUCUGAGAACGUCCAAGACCUGUUGCUCCUUGACGUCACCCCUCUGUCUUUGGGAAUUGAGACCGCUGGGGGUGUUAUGACCAUCCUGAUCAAACGUAACACUACCAUUCCAACCAAACAAACUCAGACCUUCACCACCUACUCCGACAACCAGCCUGGUGUCCUCAUUCAGGUGUACGAGGGUGAGAGAGCCAUGACCAAGGACAAUAAUUUGCUUGGAAAGUUUGAGUUGACGGGAAUCCCUCCAGCUCCUCGUGGUGUUCCCCAGAUUGAAGUAACCUUUGACAUUGAUGCCAAUGGCAUCAUGAAUGUCUCAGCUGUAGACAAGAGCACCGGCAAGGAGAACAAGAUCACCAUCACCAAUGACAAAGGACGUCUAAGCAAGGAGGACAUUGAGCGCAUGGUCCAGGAAGCUGAGAAGUACAAGGCUGAGGACGAUGUCCAACGAGAAAAGGUUAGUGCCAAAAACGGCCUUGAGUCCUACGCCUUUAACAUGAAGUCCACAGUUGAGGACGAGAAACUCAAAGACAAGAUUAGUGAAGAGGACAAGCAGAAGAUCAUCAACAAGUGCAAUGAGGUCAUAAGCUGGCUGGACAAGAACCAGACUGCGGAGAAGGAGGAGUUUGAGCACCAGCAGAAGGAGCUGGAGAAGCUCUGCAACCCCAUCAUCACCAAGCUGUACCAGGGCACUGGGGGGAUGCCGGAGGGGAUCCUGGAGGAGGCUUUCCUGGAGCAGGGGGUGCUCCUGGUGGAGGUGGAUCCUCUGGACCAACCAUUGAAGAAGUUGAUUGAAUCAUUCUGAGAAAAAGAUCACUGUUUGGAGCACCUUACUUUGUUGUUCUGGGCGCACUUAAGUCAUUUUUCUUUUUGCGCAUGUUUAUUAAUUGUUAAAUAUUUCAGAAGUGUAAUCAGGCCCAGGGGAUGACUGUUGGGGUAGGGCGGGUGGGGGGUGAUGGUGCGGCAGGCCAGACUCACUGUGGCAGGCCAGAUAGACCACCAGGCCACCGGGAAAUGUCCCGCUGCCCCCUAAGUUUUGAGUUGAUGUGUAACUCAUAUGCUCAUAUUAUCAGUUUGGCCUGUAGCUGUUUUGAGCUGCAUGUUUUUGUCAGAAACAGUGCAUAUGCAUAAGUUGUACACAAUAAAGACUUGCUGUUCACAUA